GGGGAGCUGUGGUCCUCACCCCCUGGGGGACCCAUCGAUUUCGACACCCAUCUCGAGAGAUCAUCGUCGAUGCGAUGGGUUGCCCCAAGGGGGGGGUAAGGACCACAGCUCCCCCAGUUAUGGCUGGUCGGCAUAGGCCCCAGUCGUCCAUGGAUCACCGGUGGGGGGCUCCGUGGCCGCUUUGGCUCAAGCAAUCUGGGUCCGAGGCCGAGUCUAGGCCCAAUAGUCUUGCUAAGCAAUUUCGCGCGCCGGCGGCAGUGAGACACGGUAGACAUGUCGAAGAAGACCGCUGUAGGCAUCGACUUGGGUACCACCUACUCUUGCGUCGGAGUGUGGAAGAACGAUGGCGUCGAGAUUAUCGCCAACGAUCAGGGCAAUCGCACAACGCCGUCCUACGUCGCCUUCACAGACUCCGAGCGCCUGAUCGGGGACGCGGCCAAGAACCAGGUGGCCCGCAACCCAGAGAACACGGUCUUCGAUGCGAAGCGGUUGAUCGGUCGCAAGUUCGCGGACCCGAUCGUGCAGGCAGACAUCAAGCUAUGGCCUUUCAAGGUCGAGGCGGGCACGGGCGACAAGCCCAUGAUCGUUGUGACGGCACAGGGCGAGGAGAAGAAGUUUCACCCCGAGGAGGUCUCUUCGAUGAUCCUGCUCAAGAUGAAGGAGACUGCCGAGGCGUACUUGGGGGCCAAGUGCAACGAUGCUGUCGUGACCGUCCCAGCCUACUUCAACGACUCUCAGCGCCAGGCUACCAAAGAUGCCGGGACGAUCUCUGGUAUGAAUGUUCUUCGAAUUAUCAAUGAGCCUACCGCGGCGGCGAUCGCGUACGGCCUCGACAAGAAGGGCAGCGGCGAGAAGAACAUCCUCAUCUACGACAUGGGUGGGGGCACCUUCGACGUCUCCCUGCUGACGAUCGAGGACGGCAUCUUCGAGGUGAAGGCGACCGCAGGGGACACACACCUCGGGGGCGAGGACUUCGACAACCGCAUCGUGGACUUCUGCAUGCAGGACUUCAAGCGCAAGAACAGGGGCAAGGACCUCGCAGGCAACCAGCGUGCCAUCCGCCGCCUGCGGACGCAGUGUGAGCGCGCCAAGAGGACCCUCUCGUCCUCCACGCAGGCCACGAUCGAGAUUGACUCGCUCUUCGAAGGUAUCGACUUCUCCUGCUCGCUGUCGCGCGCCCGAUUCGAGGAGCUCAACAUGGAUUACUUCCGCAAUUCUAUGGGCCCCGUCGAGAAAUGCCUGCGCGACAGCGGCAUUGAUAAGAAGAACGUGAACGAGGUCGUUCUGGUUGGUGGUUCUACGCGCAUCCCGAAGGUGCAGGCCAUGAUCCAGGAGUUCUUCAACGGCAAGGAGCCUAACAGGUCCAUCAAUCCGGAUGAGGCCGUGGCCUUCGGCGCCGCAGUGCAGGCGGCCAUCCUCACCGGCGAGGGCUCCUCGCAGGUUCAGGAUUUGCUGCUGCUCGACGUGACUCCGCUGUCGAUGGGCCUUGAGACCGCCGGCGGGGUGAUGACCAAGCUGAUCGAGCGGAACACGACGAUUCCCACCAAGAAGGGCCAAACUUUCACCACCUAUGCCGAUAAUCAGCCGGGCGUGCUCAUCCAGGUGUUUGAGGGCGAGCGUGCAAUGACCAAGGACAACAACUUGCUGGGCAAGUUCCACCUCGACGGCAUCCCGCCCGCCCCGCGCGGCGUGCCGCAGAUCGAGGUGACGUUCGACAUCGACGCGAACGGCAUCUUGAAUGUGGGCGCACAGGACAAGUCGACUGGCAAGUCUAACCAGAUCACCAUUACCAACGAGAAGGGGCGGCUGUCUCAGGCCGAGAUCGACCGGAUGGUGCAGGAGGCGGAGAAGUAUCGCGCCGAGGACGAGACGACCAAGCAGAAGAUCGAGGCGAAGAACGGACUCGAAAACUACUGCUUCACCAUGCGUAACACCUUGCAGGAGGAGAAGCUCAAGGAAAAGUUCGAGGAUGGAGACAAGGAGAAGAUCGAGAAGGCGGUGCAGGAUGCCCUCGACUGGCUGGACAAAAACCAGCUGGCCGAGAAGGACGAGUUCGAGGGAAAGCAGAAGGAGCUGGAGGGCGUCGUCAACCCCAUCAUGAUGAAGGUGUACCAGGCAGCGGGCGGUGGCGAAAUGCCGGAGGGUGGCAUGCCGGGCGGCGGCGGGAACGCCCCAGGCGGCGGCGCGGGGCCCACCGUUGAGGAGGUGGACUAGGCCUUCCGUUUGCCGCUCAUUUUCGGCGCAGGGGGGGACGCCGUGCAUCCUUUGACCUGCUCGGCGCCCCUCAGCGGCGGAGCAGAGUCGACCUCGCCUCGGCCGUGAGCUGCUGCCCGGCCGUCCGGCGGGACAGCAGGGCUUUGCGCGUGCGCGGGGGGCCGCUGGCCACAGACCCACAGGCGGCCUUCCCCCUUCCCUCCCCGCGCCCGGGGCCAGUGUGCGACCUCGACCCUGGAGGAUCGAGGAACAGCCAAGGGCAGCGCAGAGAUCAGCUCUCUACAGGGAUCCGCUAAUGUUUUUGGCGGGCCGUUCGCCAUGCUACGGAUCUGCCAGGGCCCGUGAUGGAUAGCCACGGAUGGCGUAGCGCCACGUAGGGGAUUGCUGGUAAUGUAGUGUGGUUUUGUUCUCUCCUCCCUCCUGCUCUUUCUCCUCCUUGCUCAUCCCUCCUCCCUCCUCCU